UAAAAUUAUAAUUAAAAAAAACCAACCAAACCCUAGAAAAUAACAAAACACAUAAUCGGUGAUCCAAUAGUUAAUUAAUCCAUCAAUUCACCUUAAUUACAUCUUGUCGACACAAAUCCCUAUCUUAAUUUCGUCAAAAAGGUUAAUCUAUCUGCAAGUUUGGAGAUAUCAUGAGGUUCAAAAAGGGCAGUAUGGUGGAGGUUAUGAACAAGGAAGUGCCUGCGUCGUGGUGUCUUGCAGAAAUUGUUUCUGGUAAUGGACAUGCUUUCGAUGUAAGGUAUGAUGGUUACCAAGGUGUGGAGAAGGUACCUAGGAGGUUCCUUAGGCCUUGUCCUCCUGUGAUUAGUUCACGGAGAUGGGUGAGUGGGGAUAUUGUGGAAGUGUUUGAUGAGAAUUCAUGGAAAGUUGCUACUGUUUUGAAGGAAUUGAAAGGUGGUCAAUUUUUGGUAAGGCUGCAUGGAUUUACCGAUGAAAUUAGAGUCCAGAAAACAAAUGUAAGGGAGCGGCAGUCUUGGAUUGGUGGUCAAUGGAUUCCAGUUGGAAAGAUUUUAGGAAGCUAUGGAGUCGAACCAGAUUACUCCAUGAAGAUGGGCACCCAGGUACCAGUAGCUGCUGGUUUAAAGAAUUUUCAGGAAGAAGAUGGUUGCUUACCUGUCUACAAUGAUGCUAGAUUUCAGGAGUCACGUGGUGCAUCUAAGAAGCUAAAACAAUCUUCCCCUUUUUGUUCAUCUCUUAUUGGAGCUAAGAGAUUCAAACCUGCCGAGCAAGAUGGCAGUGAAAGGCACGUUUCAGGCCAUUUAUAUGAAAAGGUAGUUGCUUUUGAGGGUAACAAUUACAUGCAAGCCUCAUUUAACAAUACUUUAAAUGGUUAUAAUGAAACAGAGAAAAGAAAAACAAAUGGUGUUGGAUGUACUCUUACAAGAAUAUCAGAACCUAGUUACUCUGAUGAUGACCAGUGCUCAGUCGGUAGUUGUAGUGUUCCUAGUGAUGGUCCUAAUAAGUUGUCUAGUCCUUAUGAUGCAGAUAUUCUUUCUAGUGAUGGCGAGUCUUAUAACACUUCACGGGAUGAACAGGAAGUGGAAGUGAGUGUCCAUAGGUUAGAGUUACAUGCUUAUCGUUCCACUUUGGAGGCAUUAUAUGCUUCUGGCCCAUUAAGUUGGGAAAAAGAAGCAUUAUUGACAAACCUUCGCAUUAACCUCCAUAUAUCAAAUGAUGAACAUUUGACAGAGUUAAGGAAUUUAAUUUCUUCUGGAGCUGGUAUUCUUGAUUAACAGUGAAUUGACGGUUUUCUUUACUUUUUAUUUCUUUUAUCCCUUUUUAAGAUUAGGAUGUUCAUGUACAAUUCCAAUAAUUAUUGUAAGAAGUAAUAUGAGAUAUCACGUGUAGUAGCUUCCUCUGCCAAAUAUCUAUAGUUACCUAAACAUUUUUCGUUUUUGUAAUUAGCAAUGCAAUGUAAUCAAUCUUUAAUGAGGUGAAAUCAAAGCUCGUUCAUCUUGUUAUCCUAA